AUGAUUUCCGGGCAAUUUAUUCUAUUUUGUCUUUUUCUUAAUCUAACACUGGCAAUAAAGUAUCCACAAUACUUUGGCGAGACGUGCAUGGAGGAGGCGCAUCGGCCAUUUUUGAAAGCGUAUCGGGAAUGGAUCCUGGAGUACCAGACUCAAUUCUCCAACUGGCACCCGUUCUACAUUCACUCGAACGCCUAUAACAACGCCUAUCACCAAACCGGCAUCGAGCCGCCAGAGUGCUUUAAAUUUGAA